AGAGGACAUUCUAUCUCUGGACCCUGUGGUGUUUGGUUCCUGUAAAAUUAGCCCAGCCCAGGGCUACUUGAUAGUAGACUCAUUACACAGAUCAUGGCGACUAGAAUACAACAGAAGGCUUCCUCUGCUCUCCCAGACUUCCUGCAGUUCAACGACCUGGCGAGCGAAACAGCAGGGGGAAGGGUGAUUUUUGCCACAGAUGAGUGGUUUGCUCCAGCCCAUAAUCUCUUGAAGAGGGACACCCCUGAGUUUAUAGCAUCCGCAUUCACCGAGUUUGGGAAAUGGAUGGAUGGUUGGGAGUCACGCCGGAAGAGAAUUCCAGGGCAUGACUGGUGCAUCAUUGAGCUGGGGGUGCCAGGGGUGGUGUACGGCGUGGACAUCGACACCUCCUUCUUCACAGGAAACUACUCCCCAUCGGCCUCCCUGCAGGCUGCUUGUCUGGAGCGUCCCCCUGCUCUGAGUCUAAAGGGAGAUCGCACUGGCAUGGCAGCCUCUGAGGAGCAGCUCCAACUCGCUGCUAUGCUGAACUCUGAGGUAUGGGAGGAGCUAGUUCCGGUGACACAGCUGGAACCAGGAUAUUCUGACACCUGUCACAACUAUUUCCCGGUGACUUCAUCGAAAAGGGUCACACAUGUCAGACUUAACAUGUUUCCAGACGGGGGUAUCUCUAGGCUGCGAGUGUACGGUGUGGGCCAGAGGGACUGGUCCCUCGUGAGCCCUCAGGAGCAAGUGGACCUGGUGGCUGUGGUCAACGGAGGGGUGUGUCUCGGCUACACCGACGCCCACUUUGGCCACCCACGCAACAUGAUUGGUUUGGGCCGAGCACCCAACAUGGGGGAUGGUUGGGAGACAGCCCGGCGCUUGGACCGACCGGCUGUGCUGAAGAUGGAUGAGCAGGGCAUUCUGCAGGUGCCAGGCUCAGAGUGGGCGGUCUUUAGGCUGGGCCAUCCUGGGGUGAUCAGCAACAUUGAGAUCGACACCAACCACUUCAAAGGUAAUUUCCCAGACUCCUGCAGGCUGGAGGUGUGCAGUCUGACAGGUGAGGAGGAGGAGCAGUGUGUCAGUAAGAAGUGGACAGGGGAGCCCCCUGGUGGCUGGAGAACGCUACUGCCACCGCAGAAGCUCCAGGCCCACCACCGACACAUGUACUCUGGGGAGAGUGUGGUGGGCUGCGGGCAGGUCAGCCACGUGCGCCUGGUCAUUGCUCCGGACGGUGGCGUCAGCCGGCUAAGGCUGUGGGGUCACAUCACCCCUGAACCCUCUGGCCAAUCUGUGAUCCCCCCAAAAACAAAGUCCAAAUUGUGAAGCCUGGCCAUGUCUGUGCAUGACAGCUGUUUCCAGUGGUGGUUUUAGGAAAUCCGAGGCCCUGGGCAAAGAACAAUUUUGAGUAAAUCGUGCAAUGAAUGAAUAAAAAGAAGAAAGUGA